AUGCCUGACCAGGUUCUGGAUGAUAUUUCGCAUCGCCGAUACAACCCAUUGACUGGGUCUUGGCUCCUGGUUUCGCCUCAUCGCACCAAGCGCCCAUGGCAAGGCCAACAAGAAGCCCCAUCGAAGAACAUCCUUCCCGAGUACGACCCCAAGUGUUACCUUUGUCCCGGCAACCAGCGUGCCCAGGGUGACAGAAACCCUCACUACAAGAACACCUUCACGUUUAUCAAUGACUACAGCGCCGUGAAGGAGCAACAACAGGACUACAACCCAGACACAGAGAAGGAUGACAUCGCUUCUCUCCUGCUGCAGGCUCAGCCCGUCACCGGCCGGUGCUACGUGCUCACGUUCUCGCCUAGGCACGACAUCACCCUCGCUGAUAUGACAGCCGCGGAAAUAUUGCCCGUCAUCCAAACCUGGACCCGCAUCUAUGGCAGUCACUUGUCGGCUACCCACCCACUCAAGGCCCGGGCGGACGAGAUCCUCUCCGCCAUCCCAGUCAACCCCGACGGCGAGGUCGACCCACCCAAGAACCAGCUGCGCUACAUGCAGAUAUUCGAAAACAAGGGCGCCGCCAUGGGUUGCUCUAACCCCCAUCCACACUGCCAGGUGUGGACGACCAGCACGAUGCCCGAAGAGCCAGGAAAGGAGCUGGUGCAGAUGGCCAAGUAUAGGGCCGACAACGGUCGUCACCUCCUCGCGGACUACGUCAAGCUCGAGAUGAAGAAACAAGAGCGCGUGGUCUGGCAGAAUGAGAGCUUUCUCGUUGUCUGCCCCUGGUGGGCGGUGUGGCCUUUCGAGGUCAUCAUCAUCGCGAAGCGCCACGUACGCGCACUGGUCGAUCUCACGGAUGACGAGCGGCUUCAAUUCGCCGAGGCCGUGCAGGAGGUCACGCGGCGCUAUGAUAACCUGUUCGAGACGAGUUUCCCGUACAGUUCCGGCAUCCACCAAGCGCCGCUGGACUGCACUGAGGAGGAAGCCGAGACAAGCUGGUUCCACAUGCAUUUCUACCCGCCCCUCCUCCGGUCUGCCACCGUCCGCAAAUUCCUCGUUGGAUACGAGUUGAUGGCCGAGCCGCAGCGAGAUAUUACCCCCGAGCAGGCGGCUGCACGCCUGAGGAGUUGCGGAGGUGUCCUAUACCGCAAGCUGCUGAAUUAG